ACUCACGGGUCGGACGUGACGUAAGGAGGGUUCCGGCUUCGGCCUCCGCCGCUGCCUCCGGCACUACAGCUGCUGCUGCUGCCGUCGUCGCGUCUCGUUCUUCCUAAAAUGGCGCCGCUAGAUCUGGACAAGUAUGUGGAGAUAGCGCGGCAGUGCAAGUACCUUCCCGAGAACGACCUGAAGCGGCUGUGUGACUAUGUUUGUGAUCUACUCUUGGAAGAGUCGAAUGUUCAACCAGUGUCAACACCAGUAACAGUGUGUGGGGACAUACAUGGACAGUUCUAUGAUCUUUGUGAACUGUUCAGAACUGGAGGUCAGGUUCCUGACACAAACUACAUAUUUAUGGGUGAUUUUGUAGACAGAGGUUACUAUAGUUUGGAGACCUUCACUUACCUUCUUGCAUUAAAGGCUAAAUGGCCUGAUCGUAUUACACUUUUAAGAGGAAAUCAUGAGAGUAGACAGAUAACACAGGUGUAUGGAUUUUAUGAUGAGUGCCAAACCAAAUAUGGAAAUGCUAAUGCCUGGAGAUAUUGUACCAAAGUUUUUGACAUGCUCACAGUAGCAGCUUUAAUAGAUGAACAAAUUUUGUGUGUUCAUGGCGGCUUAUCUCCUGAUAUCAAAACACUGGAUCAAAUUCGAACCAUUGAACGAAAUCAGGAAAUUCCUCACAAAGGAGCAUUUUGUGACCUGGUGUGGUCAGAUCCUGAAGAUGUAGACACUUGGGCAAUCAGUCCCAGAGGAGCAGGUUGGCUUUUUGGAGCAAAAGUCACAAAUGAGUUUGUUCAUAUCAACAACUUAAAACUCAUCUGCAGAGCACAUCAGCUUGUGCAUGAAGGCUAUAAGUUUAUGUUUGAUGAGAAGCUGGUCACAGUGUGGUCUGCUCCUAACUACUGCUAUCGCUGUGGAAACAUCGCUUCCAUCAUGGUCUUCAAAGAUGUCAAUACAAGAGAACCAAAGUUAUUCCGGGCAGUUCCAGAUUCAGAGCGUGUUAUUCCUCCCAGAACCACGACGCCGUAUUUCCUCUGAGGCCAUUGCUGUCCUGCUGGCCCCUUUUUGCCCUCCUGUACCCCAACUUUCUUGUACCCUCUACAACAUACUUUUUAUCGAGCACUUUGCUGCUGAAAUGCUGCCUCUUGCCUUUUUUUUUUUUAACUUUAAAUUAUCUAAAUUUAUUGUUUGUUAUGAUGUCAAUAGCAGUGUUUUUCUAUCAGUUUCGUCUUUCAUUCCAUCCCCACCUUGGACUUGUUUGAGAAGACUUAAGAAAUGUCUUAAUACUCACAUUGCUGCAUGUAGCUCUUGCUUAUUUGCUGUUCUGGGGAAACAGGAAGCAUUUCCUCUUUUAAAAAGCCAGUUGACAAUUACAUGGAAAUCCUCCUCAUUUGUAUCAGCCAGCCUUCUGUUUUUGUUUGGUAGGGUUUAAGAAAUUUCAGCAGCAAAGUUGUCCAGUGGGCAGGAUGGACUGCAGAUGCCUGAGUCAUGUACCCUUGUCCCAGCUGUAAACUUCACUGUCCUUUGUUGGAUGAUGAUUUGAUGUUUUAAAAGGGUAUAAAAUAAAUUGGUCUAAAGGGCUGC